UGUAACGAGGCCCUUCCCUAUCACUGCCCAACUGCGCCGAUCUGGCCGGAGCUUCCCACCGCCGGUGAUCGUACAUCUCCGUAACAAUUGCAUCAACUGAUCGGCGAUUCCUCUCCGCUUGAGCUAAAUCAUCAACAGCUGAUCAGAAGUAACUGUACACUUGACGAUCUAAUUUGAAGAUCAUUCCUGUCUAGCUCUAUCUGUAGCAAUGACAAAGAUGAGGAGGCUCGGUCGUCCCACUGGUCAUCGGAUGUCUAUGCUUAGGACAAUGGUUUCCCAGCUGGUGAAACAUGAGCGGAUAGAAACUACUGUUGCAAAGGCCAAAGAAGUCCGGCGACUUGCAGAUAGAAUGGUGCAGCUUGGGAAAGAGGGUACACUUUCUGCUGCAAGACGCGCUGCAGCCUUUGUCCGAGGGGAUGAUGUCAUCCACAAAUUGUUCCAUGAAUUCGCAUACCGAUACAAAGAUAGAGCUGGUGGGUACACAAGAUUCCUGAGAACUCGUAUUCGUGUUGGUGACGCAGCACCAAUGGGCUUUAUUGAGUUUAUUGAUAGAGAGAAUGAACUUAGGCAGUCAAAGCCAGCAACCCCUCAACCGCCACAAAGAGCAGGUAUGGAUCCGUGGACAAGAUCUCGUCUCACCAGGCAAUUCGCACCUCCAAAAGAGGAAAAAACCACUUCUUCUAGUUCCGAGGAUUGAGGAUUGAUUCUCCUAUGUUGAAUGCUUUCUUAAGCAUUCCGGCAUCAGUUAUUUCCUACAUUGCUGCAACUAAUAUUAUCGUUGAGAGUCUCGUUUCAGGCAUGCUGAUUUGGAAACCG